UUCAAGAGUUCACAUGGCAAAAAAGGAAAAAAGUUAUGAAGGUUGUGCUGUGGGAAUAGACCUUGGCACAACAUAUUCUUGUGUAGCUGUGUGGCUUGAUGAACACAAUAGGGUUGAGAUCAUUCACAAUGAUCAAGGCAAUAGAAUUACACCUUCUUUUGUUUCUUUCAAGGAUGAUCAAAGGCUCAUUGGUGAUGCUGCUUUGCAUCAAGCUGCUUCUAACCCAACCAAUACAGUCUUUGAUGCUAAAAGGUUAAUAGGGAGGAAGUUUAGUGAUUCUGUUAUUCAAAAUGAUUUGAAUUUGUGGCCAUUCAAAGUCAUUUCUGGUGUCCAUGACAAACCCAUGAUUGUUGUUCAAUACAAGGGUGAAGAGAAACACUUUUGUGCUGAGGAAAUAUCAUCUAUGGUCCUCAGAAAGAUGCGUGAAGUUGCAGAGAAAUUUGUAGAGUUCCCGGUAAAGAAUGUUGUUGUUACUGUGCCGGCUUAUUUCAAUGAUUCUCAACGAAAAGCCACCAUAGAUGCCGGUGCCAUGGCUGGCCUUAAUGUUAUACGGAUGAUUAAUGAACCAACAGCUGCUGCUCUUGCAUAUGGCCUUAACAAGAGAACAAAAUGUGCUGGUGAAAACAAUAUUUUUGUCUUUGAUCUUGGUGGUGGCACUUUCGAUGCGUCUGCCCUAACAAUAAAAGACAAUGUCUUUCAAGUUAAGGCCACUGCCGGAAACACUCACCUAGGAGGAGAAGAUUUUGAUAACAGAAUGGUCAACUACUUUGUAGAAGAACUAAAGAGAAAGAACAAAAUUGAUAUUAGUGGUAAUCCAAAAUCCUUGAGGAGGUUGAGAACUGCAUGUGAAAGGGCAAAAAGGACGCUCUCGUUUGUUUCUGUCACCACUAUUGAGGUAGACUAUUUAUUCCAAGGCUUCGACUUUUCUUCGUCGAUAACUCGUGCCAAGUUUGAAGAAAUCAGUGCAGACCUUUUUAAAGAGUGUAUGGAGAUCGUCAAGAGUUGUCUUGUGGAUGCUGGGAUGAAUAAGAGUAAUGUAAAUGAUGUUGUGAUUGUUGGCGGGUCUUCUAGGAUUCCCAAAGUGCAACAACUAUUGCAGGAAUAUUUCAACGGAAAGGAUCUGUGCAUGAGUAUCAACCCUGAUGAGGCAGUUGCUUAUGGAGCCGCUGUACAGGCUGCUUUGUUGAGUAAAGGCUUUCAAAAUGUUCCAAACUUGGUGCUCCGUGAUGUUGCACCAUUGUCUCUUGGUAUGGUAACAAUAGGAGAUGUCAUGAGUGUGGUGAUUCCUAGGAACACUUGCAUUCCCGUCAAGAUUACAAAAAGUUUUUUAACAGUGAAAGAUAAUCAAUCUCAAGUCUUGAUUGAGGUUUAUGAGGGUGAAAGAACUAGAGCCAGUGAUAACAAUUUGCUCGGUUCUUUUACUCUUUCAGGUAUUCCUCCUUCACCUCGCGGCUAUAGUUUCAAUGUAUGUUUUGCUAUAGAUGAAAAUGGUAUUUUGACUGUUUCUGCUACGGAUAACUCCACCGGCAAUAUGAAUGAGAUUACCAUAAACCACUACAAAGAAAGUUUAUCUACUAAAAAAAUUAAAAAAGCGCUUGAAGAAGGUGAGAAGUACAAGGUGGAAGAUGAGAAAUUUUUAAGAAAGGCCAGUGUAAUGAAUGCAUUAGAUUUAAGUGUUUAUAAUAUGAAGAAUGCUUUAAAGAAUGAUGAUAAUUUAGAGCUGACCCCUCAAGAAAGUGAGAAGAUCAACAAUGCAAUCACUAUGGGCAUGAAUUUGCUUGAUGGGAAUAGCAGAGAGAAAGAUAUUGGUUUUCUUGAGGGUCAUCAGAAGAAGCUGGACAACCUGUUGAAACUUAUUAAAGCCAAAACCAGCAAUGAGAAUAACCAUAAAUUUUCUUUAUUUAGAUAUUCUUUUUGGUGA